AAACAGCAAAAUAUUGAUACGACGGCCGGAAAACAGAGGCCUGAAUCCAAAUCGUAUAUGAAAAACGAGUGCAAUUCUCUUCGGGUAAGUUUCAUUUUAAAAUACGAAGAUUUCUGUAUUUCUAUUUGUUUGAUAAUCAAUUAGGGCUCGGGGAAUUUGCGAGAUCGAUCUUCCGACGUUAGAAUUUUCGUAGCGGGAAAUUUAGAAGUUGAAGAAGAUGAAUAUCUUCAGAUUGGCUGGGGAUAUGACUCAUUUGGCUAGCAUUUUGGUUUUGCUCCUCAAAAUUCAUACUAUCAAGUCUUGUGCAGGCAUUUCUUUGAGGACUCAAGAACUUUACGCCUUGGUUUUCAUUACUCGAUAUUUGGACAUAUUUGACGGAUUUUCAUCAAUAUACAAUUCUAUAAUGAAAUUAAUAUUCCUGGGGAGUUCUCUCUCCAUUGUUUGGUACAUGCGACGACACAAAGUCGUGCGUAGAUCAUACGACAAGGACCAGGACACAUUUUGCAAUCAAUAUAUUGUGUUGCCUUGUCUACUGUUGGCACUGGUUUUUAAUCAUAAGUUUACGUUUAAAGAGGUUAUGUGGACGUUUUCCCUAUAUCUCGAAGCUGUUGCCAUUCUUCCUCAAUUGGUGUUGCUACAAAGGACAAGGAAUAUCGACAACUUAACGGGACAAUACGUCUUCCUUCUCGGCUCGUACCGUGCAUUGUACAUAUUGAAUUGGGUCUACCGCUACUUCACCGAGCCAAGAUUCGUUCGUUGGACAACUUGGAUAGCUGGUUUCGUGCAAACGUUGCUGUAUGCGGAUUUCUUCUACUACUAUAUCGUAAGCUGGAAGAACAACGUGAAGCUUGAGUUACCAGCUUAGCUUUAGAGUUGUGUGUAUAAAAUAAAAGCUUUGGUAGAAGGGACGCAACAGUUGAUGACCUGAGUUGAGUGCACAUUUAUGUUCCAUUCGUUUCGCAAAAUAGGGAUUUUAUUUAAAUUAGAAGACUUAGCCCUAUAGAAGAGACAUCUGCUUCCUUGGCUUUCGCUUUCAA